AUACUCUAACUGCAACUCUAACAUUAUAAGAGUGAAAACAAAGUUUUGUUGAAGAAGGAAAAUAUCAAGAUAUUCAAUUUAUUUUAGUAAUUAAAGAAGCUGAUGUAAUUUAUUAAUUUAUGCUGUUAUAUUUUUCAUAAUCUUCUGUUUUGAAGUACUUUGAAUGCUUUGCCAUUUUAUGUAGCAGUUCUGAAUUUAUAAGGAAAUACUGGGAUGGAAUAAAAUAUGGGAGGUUGUUUCAGUUGUUUUAGUGGAGAUGAUAACAAAUCCCUGUCGGGUGAGCCAAAUGAAAGAUCUCAGUUGCUUGCAAACCCAGUGAGUAACUCAAUUACUCGUCCUGGUUUCAGUCACGAUAUUUCAGAUGUUUCAUUUGGGCAAGUUGGUGAUGAACAAGCUGCACUAAAUAAAAUUCUUCACCAAACUGCUAUUGACAUCAUAGAUGUAUCAGCUAUACCUACUCACAUUGAGCAGAAAGACUAUAUCGAUAGGGUCAAAGGGUAUCAAAGAGGUCUAGCUAAAUUGCAUAUAAUGUGGCUAAAGAGAAACAGGGGCCUUUUGAAGGAUGUACCUCUUCCUGAAAAAGUUACUGAUAUUGUAGAUAUGCAAAUUCUGAUUGCAGAUAUGUCAUUGAUAAAUGAAACUUUUAAAACUGUUCGUGAAGCUCUUGAAGAUAUUGAAGUUCAACCACAAGGAGAUCUAGUCAGCAAGUUUGGUGCAUCGUGAAUAAUUUGAAGCCUCUAUGAUCACAUUAUAUAUUAAGUGCUUGAGUUUCUAAAAAAUAUACUUAAUAAUGCAUUUAUUAGGUUUUGUUUUAAUACACACAACACAAUAUGUUAAAUUUUCAACUGAUUUGUCACUCUUAAAGUUUUGGCAAUCAAACUUGAUGUUUCCCAUAUUCUUAAAUCAAUAUAAUUAUUUUUAAACACACAAUUGUUUAUUUAAAGAUUUUUAUUUUUCUCUUAUCAGAUUUUAUUACAUUGUGUUGUUUUGCACAAACUUGACAAUUUUCUGUUACCUAGUGUAACAGAAAAAAAUCUAAUUUAGUUGAAAAUAUACAUCGAGGUGGUAAUAAAACUAAUAUUGAAAAUUGGAAUAAUAAAUUUUAUUUUAUACAUUUUUAUUGAUCAUUUCAAUUUAAAUUAAUCUAGAUUGACAAGUUACUUUAAAUUUGUGAAAUGUUUUAGGUCUAAGCGUUGAGUUAUUAUAAUAAAUAUUUCCAUUAUUUUAAAGACAAAUUUUAUAAGAUUUUUUAGUUUUUAAUUUAAAACAUAAAUGUGCUACAAAAAAAAAAAAAUUAUUGCAGUUUUCAACCCAUAACAAAUAUAUGUCACAUUUACUUGCCAAGCUUUUUCAUUUGUAAUUUUUACAGUUGAUAACAUAUGUUUUUAAAGUCAUCUCUUUUUGUUAUUAUAAUUAUGAAAUGAAAUUUUAAUUAUAAAAGACAAAUGCUAAAAACAAACUGCAUUUAUUUAUUAUUAUUUAUAUAUAAAGGUUAUGGUAUUAACACAACACAAAAUGCAUAUUUUUAAUGUUAAAAUGGUGUUGUUAAAGUUUUUUUUAUAUAUAAAUUUAAUAAGUAUGCAUGUAUUGUUGACAUUUUUAAAAAAAGGUUAAUUGAUUUUGAUAAUAAUUUAGAAUGAUGUUUAAAACUCAUAGUUUAAGUUUUUGAAUAAUUUAGAAGAUAGUGUCAGAUUCCCAGUUAUAAAUAUGAGAUGACAUUGGGGUGUAAUGUACAUUUAAAAAAAAAAAGCACUUUUUGAUUUAAUGAAUGGAUUUUAACGAAUUAGAACUCAAUCUUAAUGGUUCAAGAUGCUUACCUUAGAUAUGGUAAUAAUUUGUGCAAAAAAUAUUUUAAUUUAAGAAGUUCUUUCUAUUUUAAGGAAAGCGUUCUUCUAAUAAAAGUGUUUAUUCAGGAAAGAGCAUUUUUGUCUUAAUUUUGAAACUUAAAAUAUCAUCUGCAUUAAUUGAUUUAAACCAUUAAGAUUAAGUCCAAGUACGGGAAGAUCCUCUUAUUACAUCAUAAGUUAUUCAGGGAGUGCUAUUCCUAUUUUGCACCCUUUAAAUCCUCUCUCUUUAAUACUCAACAGUCUGUUUCUAUCUUCAUAAUGACCUAAAAACUCAAACUCUUGAAAAUAUUCCUUUAAUAAAAAAUUAAUCUGUAUAAAUCCCUAUAAAUAAUUAAAAUGUGUCAAAAAAUGCCCAUUUAAAAAAAAAACCCAAAUCUUAAUAAUAUUCUAUCAAUAUUCUUUCAUUUAAAACCUUGUAUGUUACAAAAAAAUUACAAAAUUAAAUAAAUUACAAAAUUUAACUAAUUGCAUAACACUCACUCACAAAUAAUUUAGACAUCAUAUACAUUAACUUACAUCAUAGCUAAGAAUCUCAAUAUGAUCUAACAAAAAUUUUAAUUAUAAAUAUACUUAUGUUGAUUAAUCAAAUUGUUUUAAACUUUGCAAUGUUUGUUAAAAAUAUUUCUUGACUUUGGUUAAGAAUAAACUUAAUAUUUAGAAGAAACUUGACUUUUUUAUGAUACUUCCAAACACACAAUUUCAAAAAAUAAUUAUUUGCUAAAAAACUUUUUUUUAUCUUGCUAAUUUGUCUUUGUUACCGCUGUCUUGUUAUAGUUAUGACAUUUCUAAUCAAGAAUUUCAAUGUUCUUGUUCUCUAGCUUUGUUAAGAUUGUUAUCGAUGAAUAAAGAUGCCAAAUAAGGUAAUGAACUGUAUAUUUCUUAGUGUAAUAGAUCAUAUUCAGAAAUAAAAACUAUUUUAAGAAUCA